AUGGAAGAAAUUGAAAAGAUUGCCACAUUGAUCAAAUCCGGCCAGAUCCGUCGCAUCGUCGUGCUGGUGGGCGCUGGCAUCUCCACUGCUGCAGGCAUCCCCGACUUCAGAUCGCCCGAGACAGGCAUCUAUGACCGUCUCAAGCCUCUGGGGCUGCCGUAUCCCGAGGCCAUCUUCCAUAUCAACUACUUUCGACACACCCCAGAGCCAUUCUACGCGAUCGCACGGGCUAGACACCCUCGCACGCUCAAACCUACCAUCACCCACGCCUUUCUCGCGCUAUUGGCGAAGAAAAAUCUGCUCCACUUCCUCUUUACUCAGAACAUUGAUGGACUAGAACGCGAUACCGGGGUCCCCGAGAAUAAAAUACUCAAUGCGCACGGGAGCUGGCGCACGCAGCACUGCUGGAAAUGCAAGACUUCCUAUCCGGAUGACCUGAUGAAAGAGGCCAUCGCUAAAGGAGUGGUGCCGUACUGUCAAGUACCCGACUGUGGGGGUCCGAUCAAACCGGAUGUUGUCUUCUUCGGACAGUCUCUCCCUGCAGAAUUUGAAGACGAGGAGAAGAAGGUACCAGAAGCGGAUCUAAUGAUAGUGAUGGGGACGAGCUUGAAGGUGGCGCCAUGUUCACGUCUGCCCGGUCAGGUUCGGGAGGGCGUCCCUCGUGUCUUGAUCAACCGGGAGAAGGCUGGAGACGUUGGUGUGCGACCAAAUGACUUGUGUAUUCUGGGAGAUUGCGACGAUGGGGUGCGCAAGCUGGCGGAUAUCCUGGGCUGGACAGAAGAGAUGGAAGAUGUGUGGGAGGAUGCAGUGGCCGCGAAAGAGGCAACGCAGGACGACUGGGGCGAGGAGGAAAGCCUGGAUGAGCUGAUCGACAAGUAUGCCAAAACAUUGAAAGAUUCUAGAAAGGUUUCAGAGGGACAUAAGCGGAUGCUGGAAGAGCACCUCGGUCAGAAAUUUGCAGAUGUGUUGAACAAAAACCGGGCAGCAUAG